GACUCUCUCGGCUCUGGCGUCCUACCCCGAACACCGCCGCGGCUAGUCUCCUCAUCUUCCCUUCCUCUCCGCUGAUCUUUUGCCACCACAUGCACACUUUCUCCAACUCAUUUUUCUCCUCCUAUUCUAAUCGAAGCAACUACUAUUGUACAGAGAUUCACACAUCCAUCUCAUUUCCCUCUCCUUCGCCUUAUAUAUGCUGUUAUUAGGUUCGAGAUUGGGUUAGGUGGGGUUUUGGGAACAAGGAAAAGGAGUAGCAGAAGGGCAGUCCUCUGCUCCCUUCCUCCCCCCUCUCCUAAUCCAUGGGCCACCGGAAGCGUAACCCUCACCAGCGACCCGCCCGCCCCACAUCCGACGCCACCGCCGUCGUCGUCGUCGCCGCCGCCGCCACCGACGAUGCCUCCCCCUCCCCGGCUGCCGACGCCCCUCCCCAAUCCGAUUACAAGGAAGCGCCUUCUUCUGCUGCGACUGCAGCGGCGGCGGCGGACGAUGUUCCCGCCGCCGUGAAGGCGGAGUGCGAGCGGGCGCUGACCGCCUUCCGGCGAGGGAACCACAAGAAGGCCCUCCGGUUGAUGCGGGACGCCUGCGUCCAGCACGAGUCCUCCCCGCUCCUCCACCGCGUCCAUGGCACCGUCCAGGUGAAGGUCGCCGCUCUCCUCGACGAUUCCAACGCGAAGCUGCGGCAUCUCCGCGCCGCCAUCGACUCCGCCCGCCGCGCCGUCUCCCUCUCCCCCUCCUCCAUCGAGUUCGCCCACUUCUACGCCAACCUCCUUUACGAGGCUGCCACCGACGGCCGCGGCUACGAGGAGGUCGUCCAGGAGUGCGAGCGCGCCCUCAACAUCCUGGAUCCCAUCGACCCCGCCCGCGAGAGCCUCCAGGACGAGGCCGCCCACAAGCUUUCCUCUCCCGAGUCCCGGAUCGAGCAGGUCCGCCAGGAGCUCCGCGCCCUCAUCCAGAAGUCCAACAUCGCCUCCAUCUCUACCUGGAUGAAGAACCUCGGCGGUGCCGCCGGCGAGGAGAAGUUCCGUCUCAUCCCCAUGCGCCGCCUCUCCGACGAUCCCAUGGAGGUCCGCGUCGUCCCCGCCGCCCGCCGCCCCAACGAGAUCAAAAAGGCCACCAAAACCCCCGAGGAGCGCCGCAAGGAGAUCGAGGUCCGCGUCGCUGCCGCCCGCCUGCUCCAACAGCAUUCCCCGCGGCCCGGGGGCGAGGAUGACGCCCGCGCCGGCGACUCCCCAGUGUCCUCAUCUUCGGGAGGCCACCGGCUGGCCGAGCGCCGCAAGGCAAACUCCCGGAAGCCUGCCUCCUCGACCGAUCGGAUGGAUCAGAUCCGGGCCUACUGGAACUCGAUGAGCAUCGAGAAGCGGCUGGGAUUUCUUGCGGUCAGCAUCCCGGCGCUCAGGGCACACCACACCUCAUCAUCGGCCAAGGACAGCUUCGCCUCCGACAUCCUCUCGGAGGCGCUGUCCUUUUCAGAGGCCAACGGGACGUGGAGGUUCUGGCUCUGUUGCCGUUGUGACGAGAAGUUCACGGAUUGCGAUUCCCACAUGCAGCAUGCGGUCCGGGAGCACAUGGGCAUCCUCUCGCCGAAGCUGCAGUCGGUGCUGCCUCAAGAAGUUGAUGGAGAGUGGAUAGAGAUGCUUGUCAAUGGGACCUGGAAGCCUAUUGAUACCUCCGUUGCUCUGAAAUUUCUUGAAGAGGAGCAGCUGAAGUGCUGCACGCUUGUCAAGGAUGUAGACCCGGAUGCUGGCAGCAAGGAUAAGCACUGUACAUCAGAGUACUGGAGUGCUAGAGAAAAAUCAGAUUCUUCUCCUUCAUCCCAGCAUGGAGGGUUGAAGGACCAGGAUGCUUGCAAUGGGUUUACCAUGGAAGGAAGGAAUGGCGAUGCAUCCAACUUUGAUGAUGUCUCCCAAAGAUGGCCUUUGUCUGAUGAUACGGAAAGGAGCAAGCUUCUGGAAAGAAUUCAAGGCAUGUUUCAGUUGCUUGUCAAGCAUAAGAGCCUCUCGGUGAGCCAUGUGAACAAGGUGAUACAGUUCGCCAUGGAAGAGAUUCAAGGCUUCCAGUCCGGUUCGCUGCUGCUGAACCACUCUCUCGACCAGUCACCUAUUUGUAUUUGCUUCUUGGGUGCUUUACAGCUCCGAAAAAUCCUUAAGUUUUUGCAGGAGUUGUCACAGUCCUGUGGGUUAGGGAGAUACUCUGAGAAGGAUAGCAAUGCUGGUGAUGCAGAUACUGCUGGACAGGGGAGUGAAGUUCUUGAUGCAAUCACUCUGAGUUGUGACUCAUCCAAUCUCCUUCUGGAUGGCCGUUCGUUCAGCAGAAAGAUUGGUUCUGGAAAUGCUGAUAAUUAUGGCUCUGAUGAGGGUACAGAAAGCGCGCCUGAUACUAAUGCUCUGUUUUCCUGGUUAUAUGCUGGUCCUUCAAGUGGGGGACAACUGUCAGCUUGGACUCGUAUGCGAGAGGAGAAGUCACAUCAGGGUAUGGAAAUCCUUCGGAUGCUUGAGAAGGAGUUCUACCUCUUGCAAAGCAUGUGUGAGAGGAAAUGUGAACAUCUAAGCUAUGAGGAGGCUCUGCAGACUGUGGAAAAUCUUUGCUUUGAAGAGCUCAAGAGAAGGGAACAUGGUGGGAAGCUUGUGUCUCAAAGUUAUGAGGCUGUUCUGAGGAAGCGACAAGAAGAGCUUGUUGAAAGGCAGAAUGAUGAGAUGUUCAUCAGCAGUAGAUUUGAGUUGGAUGCCAUCUCUAACGUUCUUAAGGAGGCACAAGCUCUGAAUGUCUCUCAAUUUGGGUAUGAUGAUACUUUGUCUUGUAUGACAUCCCGUCUCUGUGAUCUGGACUCUGGUGAAGAUGAUGAUUGGAGAAUGCAUGACUACUUGCAUCAAACAGACACUUGCAUAGGCGGAGCUAUUCAAAGACAGAAGGAGCAAUUAUCUGUCGAGCUUAACAAGAUUGAUGCAAAGAUCAUGCGAAGUGUCACUGGCAUGCAGCAGUUGGAGCUCAAGCUCGGGCCUGCCUCUACCUUUGAUUAUCGGACGGUUGUUCUGCCUCUUGUAAAGUCUUUUUUGCGGCUGCACUUGGAGGAUCUGGUAGACAAAGAUGCUGCAGAGAAGUCUGAUGCUGCAAGAGAAGCUUUUCUGGCAGAACUUGCACUGGAUGCUAAGAAGAAUGUUAAUAAAGGAGGUGAUUCGAAACAAACAAACGAGAAGUCAAAGGACAAGAAGAAAAACAAAGAUUAUAAAAAGGCUAAGGAUAUAAAGGCUGUGAGCUCUAAUGAUCAGCUUCCAUUUUAUCAGGAAACUGCAGAGCGAUCUGAGUUUCUUGCUGAUGGUGACCUUUUUGAGCCUGAACACAUGAUAAAUGGUGAUCACUUGAAAAAAAAAGAAGAGGAAUUUAGGUGUAGGGUGGAACUCGAGGCAGAGGAAAGAAAGCUUGAGGAAACUUUGGAGUACCAAAGGCGCAUUGAAGAUGAGGCCAAGAAAAAACACCUUGCAGAGCAGUUUAAGAAUGCCACAAUGUUCUCAAAAAAUGCAGUAGAAGAACCAUGUGCUAUUAAUUCAAACCCAAGUCUGGAUUAUCUGGCCAGAUUGCAUAAUGAUAUUCCUCCAGCUCGUCUAGAAGGCAUUGGUUUCGGUGAUUUUCAUUUCUCGGAAGAAGCCAUGCACAAGGACCAUCAAAGUUUUAAGUUCAACCAGUCUAGAAAUAAAUCUUGUAGGCUGGAUCAGAGGCUAAAUUCAGAAGCACAGCAGUUUAGUGGUGACUACAGCGAGAAAUGCCAUGAAACUAAAACUGAUGAGGUACAACCUUUUGGCCAGGACAAUGGAAUUCCAGACAAAGGGAGCUUGAAAUUGAACGGAAUAGAGAAAAAUGGAAGGCCUGUAAAAUAUGUCAACAAUUCUGGCCCUCAAAAGAUCAAGAAAACCAACAGCCAAUCACAUUUUAAACGCAAGCAAGGAGAUAAUGGAACAGAGACAUUGAGACCAUUGCAUGCCGAAUUGGAUGAUGAAGAGAGGUUCCAAGAGGACCUAAAAAAGGCUGUACGCCAAAGCCUUGAAAAUGAUUAUGCGGCCUCUAUUACUGAAACUGCAAGCAUUCCAGGCAGAAAAGAUAUAUUUGGAACUGGCCUGAAAAAUGCAGUUGGUGAAUACAAUUGCUUCUUGAAUGUAAUUAUUCAGUCGCUGUGGCAUUUAAGACGAUUUCGAGAUGAGUUCCUUAAAACAUCAUCAAUGCAUGUGCAUGUUGGAAAUCCUUGUGUUGUCUGUGCACUACAUGAUAUUUUCUCUGCUUUGACCAAAGCAUCUGAAGAGGGACAGAGAGAAGCUGUUGCGCCUACUUCUCUGAGGAUUGCUCUGAGCAAUUUGUAUCCUGAUAGCAAAUUCUUUCAGGAGGCUCAGAUGAAUGAUGCUUCUGAGGUUUUAGCAGUAAUCUUUGAUUGCUUGCAUAAGUCAUAUACAUCUUCUUCUGGUGAAUAUGAUGCUGAAUCACUUGAAAGUAAUAGCGUGGGUGCAUGGGACUGUGCAAAUAAUUCUUGUAUAGUACAUUCUCUUUUUGGAAUGGACAUAUAUGAACAGAUGAACUGUUACAGUUGUGGCAUGGAGUCCAGGCACCUGAAGUAUACUUCAUUUUUCCAUAACAUCAAUGCAAAUUCACUAAGAACAACAAAGAUUAUGUGUCCAGAUGUUUGUUUUGAUGAGCUUUUGAAGAUUGUGGAGAUGAAUCACCAGUUAGCUUGUGAUCUAGAUGCAGGAGGGUGUGGAAAAUCAAAUCAUAUUCAUCAUAUUCUUUCAAGUCCACCGCAUGUUUUCACAACUGUCCUAGGUUGGCAGAAUACAAAUGAAAGUGCAGAUGACAUAUCUGCAACUUUGGCAGCUAUUACUACUGAAGUAGACAUUGGUGUCCUCUACCGUGGUCUAGAUCAAGGAAGCAAACAUUCCCUUGUUUCAGUGGUCUGUUACUAUGGUCAACAUUAUCACUGUUUUGCAUAUGAACAUGAACAAUGGGUUAUGUAUGAUGACCAGACUGUCAAGGUGAUUGGUGGUUGGGAUGAUGUUAUUAGCAUGUGUGAAAGGGGACAUUUGCAACCGCAAGUGCUUUUCUUUGAAGCUGUCAAUUAGUUGAUUCUUGCAAGUAGACAUACCCGAAAAUAGAUGGUCAUCAUAAAUCUCUGCUUUUCAGCUGCUGUUUGUGAUCACAUCAUCUAGGUGCUAUAAUGGAUAGAUUGGCAUCCUGUUUCUGCCUUUGAUCAUCGGAACGAGCAUGGCCAAAUUUCACUAGUAUGCUCUGGCGAUCGCAUGAAGUGCUGGUGCAUCAAUAGAUCAGCUUUUCUGGGUUUUGCAAUGAUCCUUAAAUACCACAAGCAUAAGAAACUUCUUCAUGGACAACAAUGAUUCAGGCAAUCGAUACUGAAGGAACAAGUAAUUUCCUCCUUUUUAUGAGUUAAACUCAGGUCCUCAUCCAUGAAAAAGGCUUUGUUUUUUUCUUCAAUAAACUGGUACAUAUAUAGGACUAUGAGUUAGCCUUAUCUAUACCAUCUUGAAGUUGAAGGUUACUAAUUGCAGGCAAGACCUGCUCAAUUUGAUACAGUUCAUAAGUAGUCAUUGUUCAAUCUAUACCUCUGACUUGAAGUGCAAUCUUGUGCAUAGAAUCUUUUACCCCAAAAAAAAUCCUUAUUCUGAUUUUUCUGUGCAUCAUGAGGAUGCCAAUGGAGAAAAUGUAUUGCUUACUGCUUCAUCCUUCGCUGAAAUAUUUUGAGAAUUAUGGUGAUCUGAUUAGCUCACUACCAGACACUAGGGAAACUAAGGAGCAUUUACUUUUUCCUUUGGCUUGUACCUCAGUGUAGCGGCAACAGUGUGAAGAACUUAUUACAUGAUGAGAAGAAUCAUAAUAAUGGUUGGCUUUUCAUAUUCUCCUAGAAGCCCUUUUUUGAGGAAGCUCUUAGAAAUCAAGUUUUGUAUCUUUUUGUGUUUUAGGGACAGUGAAGAUGUGAUGAUGAUGAUGAUGAUGAAAAGAGUUGUAGCAGUAAGUGGCUUUUCAUGUUCUUUUAAAAGUUCAUCUUUAUUGCUCUA